GUCACACUGGCGAGCAGAGCAAUUGCGGAACAAAACAAAGUUUAUUGUCUUUAUUUGCCUUUAUUUCUAUUGUCGACCUGUCUGAUCAAUGCGGCUACAGUGCUACGAUCAAAAUCCGAUCAUCCUUGAGAUUUAAAACCAAAAAAUUUUAUUUCUAUUGUCUCCGGUGGUGAGAACCUGUAAAUAAUUUGAAUCAAAUUCAUGCAAAUUCUAUAAAAAUGCAGAAAUUCAGUUCACAAGAAAAGUAUUUAAUUGCCAACACUCUCAACUGUUGGCCUGUGAUGCUGCAAGGACACUCUGUGCUGAUGGACCUACGAAAUGAGACUUCUGUGGCUGGAGUUGUCGAUAUAGCCGACGGACACAUGACCUGUGAGCUCUCAAAUGCCGUUCUCAUUGAUCGCAAUGGCGGGCAACAUCCAUUCGACAAUUUUAUGGUUCGCAAUCGCAUGAUCCGGCAAAUUCACAUCCCUACGGACAUUGAUGUGGCACAAGAGCUACGCCAGGCUAUGGAACGUGGUGUCUUGCGAAGAAAUCGUGUGGACGGAAGGAACACCCAGCGCACUUUUAAGCAGAAGCGAGCCGAGAUGAGACACAAGGAGACUCUAGAGAUGAUAACCCAACAGAGAUCCGAAAAAUGUACAAAACUGUUGUCAUAACCGGUUGACAACAAUGAGUCCCAUUCCAUGCACACAUACCCUGUGUUACACUUGGCUUGUUUCCCAGAGGGCAAU